AUGGGCCUCAUCAACGUCCGCGAUCUUCUCGCAUUCCCCCAGGGCGACAACACCACCGAUACCCUCAUUGGAGGCAUCCAUUGGAACCUCACGACUUUGAAGCAUUGGAACUACACCUACUACUCGAAUGGCACGUUUUCAAAUGGCUCCCUAUGCUUCCUCCUUUUCGAACCCUACACUCCGCACCUCCUCCAGAACGGCACAUUUCUCAAUAGCACAUCAUGCUAUUCCCCAAUCGAACCGUUGCAGAUACGAUCAAAAGUCGGGCUGGGAUUUGCAUGUAUAUUUGCCCUGAGCCUUAUGUUUACAUUCAUCAAUCUGAGGAAACAUGGGAGGCUGUUUCUACCAACAGAAAAACGGUUCCGGGCAGUCGGAAGAAGAUGGCAGUGGUAUUGGAUGCUGGUAGUCGCAGCUUUUGCGAUUAUAAGUAGUAUCACGGGUGUGGAUGUGGAUCGAUACUAUCUACCGGAAUUGCCAAUCGUCUUAUCGAACUUCUUCUGGUUUCUGAUGUUGCCGACUACAAUGUGUAUUGUAUGGGAGAGCGUGCGGCAUUGGGGUAGCUGGCAGGAAAGACAAAUGAUUGAUCCGAAUCCCUUUUUACUUAGGCAAGACGACCGGCGAAGUAAAGUAGAGUUCUUUUUGCCGUUGGUGUUCUACUUUUGUGCUUGGCUGGUAUAUUCCCCGAGAUUGUCCAAGGUUCCACGGCCUUGGUCUGCUAUUGAACGACAACGAGAUCCCGAUCAAGCGCGGCUACAAGCAGAACCUGUUGCUACUGAUGCCCGAUUCAAAGUCGCGGCAUUUCUCCUCUUUGGUGGCUGGCUCACCACGGUCUUCUCCCUCCACCACUCCAUCAAACAUUACAAACCCCGGAAUCGCGGAGUAUUCAACCGAAUGUUCGGAAUUGUCAGAUACAUACCUAUCAAGUUUCUCUUCACACUUCCACUCUCUCUGUUAAUGAUUGGAUACGAAGCCGCAUGUGCAUUCGACUUCUCCGUAUCCCCACUCAACUAUAACACGAACCUCGCCAUAAUGUUCGGCCUAGGCUGGGCACCCAUAGCCCUCAUCUUUGUGGUCUAUGAAAUAGCAGGUUAUUUCGAUCCCAACGAAGACCGUGAGCUCCUCCGACAACGUCGUGUCCGCGGUAUCGAAGCAGACCAGGAAAUCGGUAUCACGAAGAAGCCACACUGGUGGUCACGACUGCACGGCGAAAACCGCGCUCUUAAUAUCCACGACCGAAUUGCGCGAAAUGUGUCAGAGAUAGGGGGUGGGAGAGCAACGACGAAGAAUCUAGAGCGGGGUAUUGAAAUGGGUAAUAUGCCAGCAAGCAAGAAGAACGACGAUCAUAGACCACCUGAAAAUAUCGAGUCUAUCCGUGCAACUGCCAACUUGCUAUUUCCCAAUUCAACAAACGAGGAGACUCAAGAGCGGUUUACUGAUGCACCGCUGACUGGGAGAGGACGCACUCCUGGAUCUAGUGCGCGACCAGUCUCCAGUACGAGAAACGAGACGAGAACAGGGUCUAGUGACCGCAGUAAUAGCUCGAAUAGUAGUGUUACUCUUGGUGCGCAACCGCAACAGAUUCGGUCUAUGCUGGAUGUUUAG